CCUUUCUGCCAGUGUUUGUGCUGCACCGCCGGGCGGAGCUCCGGUUCGCAGGAAGAUGGCGGACGGUGUGGAUCAUAUCGAUAUCUAUGCCGACGUCGAGGAGGAAUUUAACCAGGAAUCAGAGUACACAGUUCACGAGCAGAUUGACCUGUAUGAUGAUGUAAUAUCGCCAUCAGCCAAUAAUGGUGACGCUCCAGAAGACCGGGACUACCUGGAUGCACUACCUACACCUGGUGGAACAGAGGGUGGAAAGAGUGCGCCACCCAAUGUUGUUUACACUUACACAGGAAAAAGGAUUGCACUCUACAUUGGAAACCUCACUUGGUGGACUACAGAUGAGGACUUGACAGAAGCCAUUCGGUCGAUUGGCAUCACCGAUGUGAUAGAGAUCAAGUUCUUUGAAAACCGAGCCAAUGGCCAGUCGAAAGGGUUUGCCUUAGUGUGUGUGGGCUCAGAUGCAUCAUCCAGGAAGCUUAUGGAGCUUCUGUCUAAGAGGGAGCUUCAUGGACAGAAUCCUAUAGUCACACCAUGCAACAAACAGUCCCUCAGCCAGUUUGAGAUGCAGUCACGCAAAAGUAACCAGUCAGGCCAAAUGUCUGGGGAGGGUAAAGCUGGUCCCCCUGGCACUGGCCCUCGUGGAGGUUUUCCCAUGGGUGGUCGAGGCAGAGGCAGGUUCCCUGGACCCCCUGGACCUGGAGGAGACCGCUUUCCUGGCCCUGUUGGGCCUGGAGGGCCACCGCCACACUUCCCUGGCUCGGGCAUGAGACCAGAUGUGAUUAGGCACCAAGAUGACCCUCUGGAUAUGAGUUUCAAUCCCUUCCCGCCGGGGGGCAGGAACGGGAGCUGGCGUACUAGAGGUGGGAUGCAAGGACCACCUCGUCUUCCGCCUGGUCCCCCGCCUCCUGGUCCUCCGGGUCCUCCACCCCCUGGCCAGGGCCUCCCACCACCCCUUCCCGGUCCUCCCAGUCGUGGUGACAGGCCUCCUCCGCCUGUUCUCUUCCCUGGUCAGUUUGGCCAGCCUCCAAUGGGGCCCCUGCCUCCUGGUCCCCCUCCUCCAGGUUAUGGUCCUCCCCCAGGUCCACCACCCCCACAACAGGGUCCUCCACCUCCUGGGCCAUUUCCUCCUCGCCCCCCAGGUCCUAUUGGGCCCCCAAUGGCUCUGGCUCCCCCUCCCCACAUGCCGGGUCCACCACCAGGAGGACCGCCACCAGCUCCACAUGUCAACCCCGCCUUCUUUCCUCCACCUGGCAACAACAACAUGCCUCCCAAUGACAGCAGGGGCCCCCCUGGACCUAAUGACCCAUAUGGACGUCCACCUUAUGAGAGAGACUAUGGUCCUGGAGGACGUGAUAUGGAGGCAUCACGGACUCCACUGAGUGAAUCAGAGUUUGAGGAGAUAAUGAACAGGAACAGAGCCAUCUCCUCCAGCGCCAUAUCUAGAGCUGUGUCUGAUGCCAGUGCAGCUGACUAUGGCAGUGCUAUUGAGACCUUGGUGACAGCAAUCAGCCUGAUCAAGCAGUCCAAAGUGUCAGCUGAUGACCGUUGUAAGGUCCUCAUCAGUUCCUUGCAGGACUGUCUUCAUGGCAUUGAGUCAAAGAGCUACGGUUCUGCCUCCAGACGGGAACGUUCCAGGGAACGUGACCAUAGCCGGUCCAGAGAGAAAAGCAGACGACACAAAUCCCGCAGCCGUGACCGGCAUGAGGACUAUUAUCGGGAACGCAGCCGGGAUCGUGACCGCCACCGUGAGAGGGACCGGGAUCGAGACAGGGAAAGAGAGAGGGAGCGGGAGUACCGACACCGCUAGACGGCGAGAGCAAACGAGGAUCAGGACGGACGGACAGAAGGAACGGCAGGAACAACUUCAGUGCAGCGUGAACCUCCAAAGCUUGCAUGAGCGGACAGGAGCACAGCUACCACCUCGUCCUCCACCCCUUCAUUUAUCCUGUCCUCUGCCCGUCUUUCUCUCUGUGUUCAUCCUGUCUGCCUGAGCUAAGUGCAGUGGAUGGAAGACGCUGACCUGUGUAAGGCUGUUAUCCAAACAUCUUCUCCUAUAAUGAUGAAA